AUGCACUCACGUGUUGCUGCAGUGAAGGCACCCCGCACACACAACCGUCGCCGCGUGACCGGAUCCAGCGGAAGGAGGAGGGAAGGGAGAGAGAGUGAGCCGCAGAGGCCCAACAUAUCCCGGCAUCACUUUUAUUCAGCGGUGCUGCUCCUCCUCCUCGUGAUGAUGUGCUGCAACGCUGGUGGGGCUGCGGCUGCUGAGGAACCAAGUCAGGGAGCUUCGUCGGGAAAAUAUUAUGUUUGGAGAGACGUGAAAGAUGGAGAAGAAACAGUGAGUUCGUUACGUGUUCCCAGUCUUUUGAAAGUGGGGAGUGAUGUGUUUGCCGUUGCCGAGGCGCAUGCACGAAGAAGG